GGGCACUUCCGGGAUAAAACCUGAUACUAAAAACAACAUCUGUUUCAAAGUUCAUUAUACUAACUUGCAUCGUGUAAAGACUUGAUUAUCGAUUUCAGUAGAUGAAAAAUAUCACAUAUUACAUAUUUCGGGAAAAAUCAAGUGAUGUCAGGCAACGUCAGACAAAGAAAAGGGGAUAAAUCGUCAAAUUUGAAAGAAUUUCAAAAUGAAAACAUUGAGACCAAACAAAAGAAAGGAACAAGUUUCUGUCCACGAUUAUGCCUCUUUCUUGUUACAUCUACAAUAUUGAUGAGUGUGGGUUUGGUCAUCGCAGCACUCGUUUUACCAUCCCCAAUCACACCAAGACCAUACAGUCUGCCGUCACCCCCACCAAAGCUGGAAGGUCCACUUGCACCAAACACAAGAUUACAAGAUGCAACGCGACUAUUUGAGAAUGAAAUUCUAGGACCAGAAUCAAUCUUUGUAAAUAAAGAGUAUAUCUACACAGGUACUGCAGAUGGCAGAGUUGUGGAGAUUUUUAAAGGCAAACAGAGAACAUUGGCGCGACUAGGAAAUCCUCCGUGUGGGGGUCCAGAAAAUGAACCUCAUUGUGGCAGACCCCUUGGUAUGAAAAUGGAUAAAGAUGGCUAUCUCAUAGUGGCGGAUGCUUAUUUUGGACUAUUCAAAGUCAAUGUUGCUACAGGGGACUUUACUGUUCUAUAUAACAGCACUUCCACACCGAUCAGUAGCCACUUUAUAAGAUUAAUGAAUGAUCUUGAUAUACAUUCCGACGGCACUAUAUAUCUGUCUUCAUCCAGCUCAAAGUUUUACCGACGAGAAUUUCCGUAUAUCAUGCUUGAAGGACAGCCAGAAGGAGGAAUCUAUGCAUUUGAUCCAGUAACGAGCCACAUGACUCAACUUCUAGGAGGCCUAUACUUUGCCAAUGGUGUCACCCUGACUAAAGAUGGAAAAUAUUUAUUAAUAGUGGAGACAGUAAAAUGUCGUAUUUUAAAGUACCAUCUAAGUGGAAUAGAAAGUGGAAAACUGGAGAUUUUUGCUGAUAAUCUGCCAGGUGUCCCUGACAACAUUAGACGCAGCUCAAAAGGAGGCUACUGGGUCGCCAUGGCAGCAGUUAGACAUCAAGGAAUGUUUAAUCCUGUUGAUUUCUUAGCAGAAAACCCGUGGUUCAGAAAUCUGAUUGCAAAGUUUAUACUAAAGUCACUUAUGACAAGGUUUUUCUCUGCGAUUUUGCCCGAAUAUGGACUUAUACUGGAGUUAGAUGGCCAAGGCAAAAUUGUACAAAGUUUACAUGACCCAUCUGGUAAAGUGGUGCCAUCUGUUAGCGAAGUAGAGGAGAGUGGGCCAUUUUUAUAUCUUGGAUCAUACGCAUUGCCCUACUUCACAAAAUUACUAAAGAAAUAGGACUUUUUGAGAAAAUAGAAUUUCAUCAACGAAUAACAUUGGAAAAUUGGAACUAUUUUUUAAGAAGUACUGUGAUAUAAAACGUUUAUUAGCUUUCGUUGUGUUGUGAGAAUAAUGAGAAACAGAGAUGUAAUUGGAUGAACUAAUGUCAAGCCAUCUUGAGCCAUAGAACGGGUCAUUUCAUUCCAUACAAUGUAUAUUUAUUUAUUUUAUGCAGGAGAAUGGUUGCCAGAAAAGUGAGUGGAGGCCCAUCUUGUUUAAAUAGAAUAACCCAUUUUUGAUAUGAUUGAUUGUUGUUCAGUUUCUCUAUAUCCAUUUUGAUUCUUCAAAACUUUUGAAAAAAGUUGCGAAUGUGGACACAUCCAAAUCUGAGAACUUUUAG